ACAUACCAAUUUCACCCUUCGAGGGGUGGCAUAAUUUUGCGAUCUUAUUUAGCCGUGUUCCGAAGAAGCUGGCGUCAUUACAGCUUUAGCCAUCGAAGAAACCAGUCCUCAAGCUCCGAGAGAAAUGUGCUCGCGAUGAAGCCUCUAAAUAUGGUGCCCAAGUGUAUUGCUUUGAUUCUACUUACGUUCGUGUGUUCUUAUUUUUCCUACUCCAUAGAAAGAUCUGAUAAACGAUGGGCCGAAAGUGAAUCAGUUUUGGACCCAAACGGAGACUUUUUGUUGAAAUGGCGGGUAGAUUAUUUAAAGCGUAAAAUUCGCUUUCAAAUGACUGUGGCGGAAAAAGCACCGACUUUCAGUUGGUUCGCACUCGGAUUCUCUGAUAGGGGAAUGUUAAAUAAUUCAGAUGUAUGUUUAUUCUGGUUCGAUUAUAAAGGAAAAGAUCAUUACGAGGAUAUGCACGCAAAUGAGUGUGGAAAACUGAAACGUGAUGCAAAGCAAAAUUGUAAGGAUUUCCAUUUAGACGCUCGCAGUGAAAGCAUCGUGUUUGAAAGAUACUUCGACACUUGUGACGAUAAUGACUAUGUUAUUACGGACGGCACAGUCCACAUAGUUUGGGCUCACGGAGUUGACAAAUUAUUCUCAUCAAAUGGACUUUGCCUAACUUGUAUCCCUUCGCAAAACCACGGGUUUAUUAGAGUCCGUCUGCUGACUCCACCGGGCCUGCAAAAAGUCGACGGCUAUCAGCUACGAAUUACUAACAAAGACCUUAAAGUGCCCGGUGACGAUACCACGUAUUGGUGCAAAAUAUUCCGACUUCCAGAAUUCAUUAACAAGAAGGUUCAUCACAUCAUCCAGUUUGAGUCGUCUAUAACAAAAGGAAACGAAGGACUGGUACAUCACAUGGAAGUGUUUUAUUGUGAUUCAAAGCCAGAUGUCGAAAUGCCUAUGUACGAAGGAAAUUGUUUUGCUUCAGAUAGACCGGAAAUUACAAAGACUUGUUUGAAGGUGAAAGCUGCUUGGGCAAUGGGCGCGCCCCCUUUUACAUAUCCUAAAGAAGCUGGUUUACCUCUUGGCGGACCCGAAGCGAAUAAAUACGUUAUGUUAGAAGUACAUUACAAUAAUCCGGAGCUGCGGAAAGAUUGGGUGGACAGUUCAGGAAUAGUGCUUCACGUAACUGGCAAUAGACGAAAAUAUGACGCCGCUAUCAUGGAACUCGGACUGGAAUAUACGGACAAAAUGGCGAUUCCUGGCGGUCAAAAAGCAUUCCCUUUGACCGGAUAUUGCAUACCCCAGUGCACGGGAGUGGGUCUACCAGCAAAAGGUAUAAUUGUAUUUGGCAGUCAACUGCACACACAUCUCACGGGUGUGGCUGUUUGGACACGGCAUUCCAGACAAGGAGUAGAGUUGCCAGUGUUGAACAAAGAUAUGCAUUACUCCACUCAUUUCCAAGAAAUAAGGAUAUUACAUCGGCCUGUUCAGAUUUUACCAGGCGAUUUCCUGGAAACUACUUGCUUAUAUAACACGGAAGACAAACACAACGCGACUGUUGGAGGGCAUGCGAUCACUGACGAAAUGUGCGUCAACUAUAUGCACUACUACCCCGCUACGGAAUUAGAAGUGUGCAAAAGUGCUAUCUCCAAUAUGGCGCUUGAAAAUUAUUUUAAGUUCGAAAAACGGUGGGACAACAUGCCUAUUUCGUAUAAUGCAACGCCAAGAAUGAAUUAUCUGUCUAUAAAUCCAUGGACGCCUUUAAGGACCAAUGUCUUGGACACUCUAUUCUAUGAGUCGCCUAUAUCGAUGCAAUGCAACAAAUCAGAUGGAAGUCGUUUUCAGGGCGAUUGGGAGGGUAUUCCAAUACCAAAAAUAAAGUUACCACUGCCGGAAGAACAUAGGAACUGUCCCAAUGAAAACCAUUUAGAAAAUUAAGCUAAGCAAUUUAAAACGAACAAGUAUAGCUGUUUUUUUAUUCAGUGCAACUAAAUAUGCAAUAUAAUACUUAUAUAAUUUGCUUAUAUGUGAUUAUAACAUCGAGUAUUAUAUAAACUAUUUUAAAUGAUAUCUAUGUAAAUGUCACAGAUAAAUGUAGAUGAUAAAUACUCUUUGACGAAAAUAAUAAAUAAAUAUUGUGAUAACUUAGGUAAAGAUUACUAUUAAUUAUUUUAUUUGUAGAUAUUGUUAGUGAUUGAUAAUAUUGUUUUGAUAUAAGUAAUAAAUAUUUUGACGUUGGAAAAAUAAAUGUGGUU